GAAUCCUAUUCGCAUCUUUGUGACUUGUGGGUUGUCCAUAUUUUGCUAUUGAUUUUUAUUUUUUGAUAAUAUCACGUUCAUUUAUCCAAAGUGGGUAAUUAUAUUACAUAUAAUAUAAUGCAUGUGCAUUUCUCUACGCUGAUUUCAGUAGGUAUUAUCAUUUGAAUAUUGAAUUGAUAAUAUUCCAUACACAUUGCCUGCAUUGGUCUUUAUUAUACAUUCAACAUAAUAUAAUGGAAUUUUCCGAAAAUCCUUUCGAUUUUGUAUCACAAUUCCGAAAAUUACAAGAGGAACAGAAAAGAAAAAAAAUAUUGUCAACAAUCAGCACCAAUGCGAAAAAAGAUGAAACAACCAGUACUAAUGCACCAUCUAAAAAAAUAGAUUCUAUUAAUAACUAUUCUAAUUUGGAUGUCGUUCCCAGUACAAGUAACAAUAAUUCUAAAACUGUUCCUACGACAACACAAUGUGUUGCGUCAAGAACCAGAAAAAAGCGUGGAACGGUAACAGUCGUUGAAGGACCAGUGAUAUGCAUAGGUGACUUUGACGAUGGCUACAAUAUACCACCGCCAAAAGCGCCAAGAGAAAUUACUCUUGAUGACGACGAUGACGAUGUUAUAAUUAACGAAAAAAAAGAUGAAGAAGAUAUUCCUAUGGAUGUGCUCAAUCGAAUUGUGAAUGUUAAAGUUUAUUGGCGGAAGAGUCAGACUCAUCGAUUUCCUCUUAGAAUGUUUCAGUCACUUGAGAGUAUAUUUGAACACUUUGCAAAGUUGGAAGAUAUAAAGACAUCGCAUGUGCGUUUAGAAUUGCACAACAAACCAGUGUUACCAUCGGAUACACCACAUUCUAUAAACUAUAAAAUCUACGAUUUCAUUGAUGGCGAUAUAGAAUUUUAUAAAAGUAUAGCAGAAAGGGCUGCCGAAGAAAAAGAAAAAGAUGAAGAACCGACUGACAAUGAUGAUGAUGACGACGUAGAAUUUAGUAUUAGGCAAAAAGACGUGAAGCGCCCAAUUUUAAUGAGUAUGAAGAAGUCAGAUAAAAUGAUUAUUUUAUACAUAAAAUUAUCUGAGAAGUUAGGUUUUGACAUAAACUCGUUUACGCUGGAAUUUGAUGGAGAUAAAAUUAAGAAGACUGAUACAAUAGAAAGUUUAGAUCUCGAGGGAGGCGAGUGUUUCGAACUAUUCCAAAAAUCAAAAAAAUAAUGGUGUGGUGUCAAUAAUGCCAUAACAUUUUAUUAAAUUUAUGUAGUUUUAUUGAUUAACAAGUAUACAGAUUUUAAUUAUUAGUGUUGAAGAGUUUAAACUGCUAGUUGAAAGAUAAUUCUGUUAUUGAAUUUACAAUGUAUUUCAACAUUUUAUCCAUUUUUAUCAAUUAUAGUAAUUAUUUAUAUAGCAACAACAUUUAAUAUUAUAUAGUACUAUUAUAAUUUAUGUAUAAGUCAUUUUUCAAUAGUAUUUUAAGUCUAAAGUUACGAUCACAUGUGUAACAAAAUAAUAUUUUUUAAAUUUUACUUUUAUUAUUUAUAUUUGUACAUUACAUAUAUUCCUCAUAGGUUAAGUACAAUAUUAUAAUAUAUAAGUUUAACUAUCUUCUUUAAAAAAAAUGUAUACAAUUUUUCUGUUUUUUUAUUUUAUUUCAUGUAAACAAAUUACCACAACCACCAGUAAAAAUUGUUGAGUCAUUAGGCAAUAUGUUUUUGACGAUUCUUAGAAAGUAUGAAAUAUGUAUUCUGCAUUUUUUUUUUUUAAUUGGAACUGUAUAGAAAAUAAAAUGUAUUCCUGAUGUCACUGUGUACCACAGUAUUUAAAUUAUAACAGACUCGAAACUUGUAGAAUAACGAAUGUUAUUUUUAUGUUCAAGAUUAUAUUCUAAUUGUACAAUAUGCAUGUGUGUGUUUAAGAAAGUAUUUUUAAAACUAAUAAGGAAAAUAAAAACAUUAAAUUAUAAUA